GUGACCCCUUGGGGUCUUUGACAGAAAGAAAUCAGUUUGCUCAAACAUUCACUCGUUCUGUUUGAUCAAGAGGCCCUGGGCUACCAGACAAACACAGGCAAAUGGGAGUCAUGGAGAUUACUGUAACCAAUUAUUCAUUUCAGAACAAGAUAUGAUUUUUUUUAUGCUGUUAUUCUUAUGUUCAGCCCCAGAUGACCACACCUGAGGUGAUGACCACACCUGAGGUGACCACCUCCGGCCACACCAGCCCUUCUGAUGGCUCUGCAGCGUCUCCUGCACCCUCCGGCCACACCAGCCCCUCUGAUGGCUCUGCAGGGUCUCCUGCACCCUCCGGCCACACCAGCCCCUCUGAUUGCUCUGCAGCGUCUCCUGCACCCUCCGGCCACACCAGCCCUUCUGAUGGCUCUGCAGGGUCUCCUGCACCCUCCGGCCACACCAGCCCUUCUGAUGGCUCUGCAGGGUCUCCUGCACCCUCCGGCCACACCAGCCCGUCUGAUGGCUCUGCAGCGUCUCCUGCACCCUCGCCUCACUCCUGCAACACCACUUGCGCAAUGUCACCAGCAUCCUCCGCCGCCUUCAGCCCGUACAAAUAUUUUGUUGAUUCUUUGCCUCAGUGUCCUGCCUUCUUUUUUGUUUCCAAAGAAGACUGGAAAUCAUUGAGGAAGACCCAGGUGAAGCGGCAGUUCUCCAGCCUCGACUGGACUGCGGUGAUGUCAAAGGGCAUCAAGGAGGUCAACCCGUACUGCAGCUUUGCCUUCAAGCGGCAUGCUGUGAAGACAGUGGGAUCAAGGAGGCGUGGGGCCCUGUUCAAGGCUUCCGCGUAUUGUGCCUUCGAAGAUUGCCCUCUCCAGGUUGAGCUCACCAUUGACGAUGACUCCCUGAGGGCCAAUUUGACCUUCUCAGGGGAAUUUGUGAGGCACAGCAGGAGGCAGCUGGUACGCAGGCCUGGUAGUGCCAGCGAAAGGGAGGUCCUGGCGGAGGCACUCAAAAACAAGCUCCCUAGGAGCUUGUUUCUUGAGAAACUCCAGGGGCUUGGUGAGGACAUUUACGAGUCAGGGAUGGAGUCCCAACAGCAGGGGUUUUGAAGACUCUGUCUUCUGAGAAGAGAGGACACAAUCGCCUGCAUGAAGACGACAUGCUUUGCUUAAAAAUGAUGGCGGAGGAGGAGCGGGGGACUGAGUCUGCUGUAGUACAGCAGAUCUCCCAGAAGCCGAAGGCUGUGAUGCUCUGGUCUGCAAAGACCAUCAAUGUUUACUUUGACCAGUGUAAACACGACAUUGUUUACAUUGAUGCCACUGGCAGUGUGGUCCACAGGUCAAUGGGAGACCCUAAACCAUAUUAUAUAUAUGAGAUAGUGGUGAGACACCCACAUAAAGGGUCUUCCCCCCUCCCUGUGGCUACAUUUGUCACAACUGACCAAACGACAGCAUCAGUCUCCCAUUUCAUUGCAGCCUUCCUGACUGAUGCUGUGAGGCAGCAUGGGCAGGCAGUGCGAAGAAGGCCAGUGAUGGUCAUGUGUGAUGGCUAUCAGUCCUUCUCCAGUCACUCUCCAUGAAUUUUUGUGGGAUAUCCCUCCCAGAGCUAAGAGGUAUUAAAUUAUACUAUACAUACUUUAUUCAUCCCCAGAGGCAAUUUUCAGUAUUCACACAGCCAUAAAGACAGAUUCACAAAACAAAUAUAUAUAUAUAUAUAUAUAUAAAAACUUUAAAUUUAAAUGUGCAAAAAAUGUAGAGGGAUACGGGUGCAAUCAAGCUCUGUGUUUUACUCCUCUCCUAGGUAUUAUGGGAUUGUGACUGGAGAGGGACAGGCAGAUUGUGCUGAACUCCCCAUUCUUCAUAGAUGCCUAAGCCACAUUAUGAAGAAUGUGAAGAGUCUCUGCAAGAAGCAUGCUAGCAAACAUUACCAUCUAGCCAUGCAUGUGAUCGGGACAAUGACUCAAGCCCGAACCAUGCAUGAGCUUGAUGAUGUCUUCAUUAGCGCAGCUGUCAUCUUCUCCAGCCCUUGCAGUGCAGUG